ACUUUCUCUCUGCUUUCUUACCUUUCAUUCGACCUUUGUGAUAUUCCGAUUUCCUAAGCAGCAGGGCAACACCAUCCAUACACGAAAAUGCGCUACAUAGCCACUACACUCCUUGCUGUUAGCCUUCUUACAGGCAGUGCUUCAACAGCGCCACUCCCUCAGGACGAGAUUGACCCCUCAAACCUUGGCAACAUUCCAAGUGGCGGCCCUAUCGUCACCUCCGGCAGCCAGAUCCCUCAUCGCAAGAGAUCACCGCUCAACAUCGACCUGCCCCCCUCGCACGAGGCCUCUACUGAGUCCACUCAACAUAAGAGAUCUCCUCUCAACAUUGAGCUACCCCCCUUUGUUCCUGACGUCCCCUCUCACAGGAGAUCACCGCUCAACAUCGACCUGCCCCCCUUGCACAAGGUCUCUACUGAGUCCACUUAACAUAAGAGAUCUCCUCUUAACAUUGAUCUACCCCCCUUUGAUCCCUCCGUCACCUCUCACAGGAGAUCUCCAGCCCC